GCUCUGGAAUGGGAACCAAAGCAAAGAGUGAGGUUAUAAAACGACUUCUCUCGACAUCAGUCUCCAGUUCUCUUCUGUAUUCAUUUCUAUUCAGUUAAGUGAGAGUUGAUGGUGGAGAACGGUUCUAUCUAAAUAUGAAAACAUCAAAAGACCGCGUGAUAACACACACCGGCAGUGCAAGAACUGAUAAAGAAGAUGAAGACAGACUCAGCGAAAAUUCAGCAAUUCCAGAGAAAAGUGGACUGGACGGGGGUGUGGCAUGCUUAUCAGCUAAAAACAAUGGAGAUAUUAUCCAGCAACGACCACCAACUGUUACCAAAAAAAGAAUAGACGUAUUAAAAUGGAAUGGCUGGGGAUACAACGAUUCUCAAUUUCUUAUGAAAAACGACGUGGCCUACUUCAGUGGAAGAAGGUACCUCAUAGGUGACAUGCCCUUACCAUUUCUUAUCCAAUGGGCUAAAGAUGCAGUCAAAUUUGAUCCAAAAAAUUACAUUCCUUCUAGAGCUCUACCUAGCCCUGACGAUUAUCCAAAACCCAUCAUACAGUCUGAAGUGGUAGACAACAUCAAGUCGUUGGGAAUCGAAUACUCGGUGGAUGGAGUGGAUAGACUGGUGAGAGCUCAUGGCCAAACAUUAGAAGAUAUUUACAUGUUGCGCAAUGGACCCAUGCCUCGUAUUCCCGACCUCGUUGUUUGGCCAGUUUGUCAUGAACAAGUGGAAAAACUUGUGAACCUCGCCAGUGACCACAAUUUAGUGAUAGUGCCAUAUGGAGGAGGCACCAGUGUAUCUGGGGCUGUCACCACUCCACAACAUGAAUCCAGGACGAUUGUCGCUCUAGAUACAUCACAAAUGAACAGGAUACUGUGGGUUGACAAGGAAAAUCUGACAAUCUGCUGUGAGGCAGGAAUGAUAGGACAGGAUCUGGAAAGAGCUCUGCACGAUCAAGGACUCACAACAGGCCAUGAACCCGACUCCUACGAGUUCUCAAGCGUUGGCGGGUGGGUGGCGACCAGAGCAUCUGGCAUGAAAAAGAACACAUACGGCAACAUAGAGGACCUCUUGGUGCAGGCCAAGAUGGUCAGUCCUCAGGGCACCCUCGUAAAGGGCCUCUCACAUGUGCCUAGGGCCUCCAUUGGACCCGACUUCAACCAUGUCAUACUCGGAUCAGAAGGUACUCUUGGUGUUAUAACAGAAGUUGUGCUGAAGGUGCGACCUCUACCUCCAUGCCGGAAGUACGGUUCAAUUGUUUUCCCAAAUUUUGAAUCCGGAGUGAAGUUCAUGAGAGAAGUUGCAAGACAGAGAAUACAGCCGUCGUCGAUUAGACUAGUGGACAACGAGCAAUUCCAGUUUGGGUUGGCGCUACGAGCAGCUCCCACUAUGUUCGGAGGUGUCAUGGAUCAGAUCAAGCGAUCCUAUCUCACUCUUUUCAAAGGGUUCCGCUGGGACUCCAUCGCUGUUACCACACUUCUUUUCGAAGGUACAAAGGAAGAAGUAGCUGCUCAAGAGAGAAAAAUUUACACGGCUGCUGAACAAUUCAAGGGAGUUCCAGCUGGCGAGAAGAACGGAGAACGUGGAUACACUCUGACCUUCGUUAUAGCUUAUCUGAGGGACUUUGCAAUAGAGCACUACAUAAUUGCGGAGUCAUUCGAAACAUCAGUACCUUGGGAUAAAACCCUAAUGCUUUGUAGAAAUGUGAAGCAUUGUAUCAAGGAAGAAUGUAAAUCUCUAGGAAUCGACCACCCGCUGGUGUCAUGUCGCGUGACACAGACCUACGACAUCGGGUGCUGUGUGUACUUCUACUUUGCGUUCAACUGGCUGGGCAAGAGCGACCCGGUCCACGCGUUCGAGCGCAUCGAGACGGCAGCGCGCGACAUGAUCAUCGCGUGUGGCGGCUCACUCUCGCACCAUCACGGCGUCGGCAAGAUACGCGCGCGCUGGUAUCCGCAACAAGUCAGUCAGCUGGGCGUCGAACUCUACAAGGCCACUAAGCAGAGGCUGGAUCCCGCCAACAUAUUUGCUAGCGGCAAUCUGCUCGUACCCAAGCUCUAGAAUGGUAUUGUACCGAAAUUCAUAUUGUACCGUUCUAGAAGUGUAGUUUAAUCAUCAUACAUUUGUACCCACCAUUCCACUUGGAUUUGUUUUUUACAAGGCCACUAAAGCUGAGGCCUCACUAAGCCUCACUGAGGCUGGGGAUAGGCCAGCUAACGGGAGUAAUAUCCGCUAUCGGCAAUUUGCUCGCAUCCAAGCUCUAGAAGGGUAUUACUCAUCAUACAUUUGUAAUGUAUUUCUACUUUAAUUUGUUUGUAUGACAGUGCAGUGCUAUUCUUAUGUGGACCCUACAAUCCUCAUGGAUCUUAUCAGUAUUGAGGAUAGUGGAGAAAUAUUCUUGAAGUAAAGUCUUAGAAUAAAUAUUCUAAAUGUAUUGGAGUCUGGAAUAAUAUUCCACAUUAUUUUGUUUGAUUGACAGCAGUGUUAUUUGUGUGUGAACCAUACAAUCCUCAUGGAUCUUCUUUGUAUUGGGAAUAGUAAAGUAAGAAUUCUCAAGUACUGUGAGUCUUAGUACUAAGUACUAAGUCUAAGUACUAGGAGUCUGGAAUAAUAUUCCACAUUUUUUUGUUUGAUUGACAAGAGUGUUAUUUAUGUGUGGAUCCUUUAAACCUCAUGGAUCUUAUCUAUAUUGAGGAUAGUAUGGUUAGGAUUCUACUAGGAGUCUGCAACCAUAUUCGCAAGGAUAAAAAUUUAUCUUUGAUCUAGUUCAAGUUAAAAAUAAAUCAUCUAAGAUGAUUAUUUCUAAUCUAAUGAUUAGUGAAAUUUAGCUAAGAUAAUUUGAAAGAUAUUAUAUUUAUGAUAUGAAAGCAUAUUAUGUAUUACUGUUCAUAAACAGUAAUUAUCUGUAAUUACUUAUUCUAAAGAUAGAAUUUAUCAAAUUAGGUAUAGUUUUGUAGGUUAUUAGUUCUAUGACAUGACACCCAGAUUAUUCAAUUGGAUUGAGAAUAGAAAAUCAAUAUUAUUUAUGUUAGCAACGAAAAUAGUUAGCAAAUUUUAUGACUUCAGAAACUUUUCAUAACAAAAUUUUUGAACCUAUGGUGUUCAAAUUAGACAACUAUAACACACAAAAACUAGUAUAAACAAAACAUAAUUUUGGGCUCCAAUCCCAGCUUUAAGCUUUGAAGAAUUAUAGAAAAUUGGAAAAACUUUUUAAUAAUACUUUUGAUACUUUUCAAUUGCUGCUGAAAAAAUAACUUUGUUGUCAUUAUUCCCUUAUUUAUUAUGGUGGCCCAUUUUUCUUGGUUCAUGUCAAUGAAUGAUGAAUGUAAAAUGUAUAUAAUAAAAAUAUUGACCAUUAAAACUAGUUUAGAUUUUUCUUAGUAGCAAAAAAUUAUCACGCCAAAUUGUUACCAUAAUUCUCACGGGUCUUCAUUUGAAAUGCAUGUAUUUAAUUGAGUUCUUCUUGUCUAUUUUAGAAUAUGAUCUUAGUGAAUUAGUGCAAGAUUUAAAAUUAAUAUAAACUAUUUUCGAAUUAAUUUUUUGUUAUAUCAAUGCUACUGUCUAAGGAAUAAUAAAUGUAAUUUUCAAGUAAUCCACCGAAUAUGACUUAAUUGUUCGUAUGUAAUUUUAAUUAUUAUUUCUAUUUGCAACUGUAGAAUCUAAUUGAAGUAGAAUGCAUUUUAUUCUCGACUCCUUGAUAUAUCUUUAGAAUGUACUUAUUAUAAACUUGAAUAUUCAAUCGCAUUCUCUUUGGAAUUCGGCUAACAGUCAGGAGUGUAUCAUUACGAAAAACAGAGGUUAACAAGUUUCUCGUUUUUUAUAAAUAUAUUAAUUGGAAUUUACUUAAUUUGUUCAUAAACUCUUUGUUACAUUAACAUUAUUAGAAAAUUCAGAUACAUAAAUUCGAAAACCAGAAAACUUUGCAGCUAGAAAUAAAGGUUUUCCCAUAUUAAAAUUCAGAAUCAUUUCUGUAAUUCUAUUAGGUAAUAGAAAAUCAUCAAAUUUAAAAUACCUUAUAUGCCUAUAAGAAAUAGAGAAUUGAUUAAUAGUUAAUACAAUAUGAUCAGGGUUUCCAUUCAUCCAAUCUCCCAGCAAAAGAUCGUGUCCAUUGGGCCUUACAAUACUCGAAGUUUUUCUCAUCUCCAAGCAGUAUUUCUAGAUUUGAGUCUUCCCUGUCCCUGAUUUUUCAAAAACAUGUGGAAUGAAAGCAAUGUUCCAUUCUGCGAAACAACCUAAAAAUUAAUUAUCAGGAAAUGUUAAAUGUUGUCUUCAGUUAAAUCCCCCCACAGCAAUAUCCCAUAGAACAGAAGUGACUCAAACCAACCAUUGUUGGCCAAAAUAACCGCUUCCCUAACCAGCACUCUCCUGAGCCUCAAAAUGGCAAAAGCAGCCGAGUUCAAUUUUUUCAAAAGAGAUUCAAUAUGUGAACUACAAGGUCAGUCCCCGAUCCACAGCAACCCCCUAGAAGUUGCUAGCAUCAGAGGGUUGCAUAUCAUUAGUUCAAACUGAAAUACCAAUGGAUUGCCUGGAAAUUCGUAAAUCGAAAACUCAAUAUAGGUUGACCUUCAACCUAUCAGCUCUACACCAUCUCGAGAUUUUAGCAAGAACAGUGCUGCCAAUUGUCUGUAGCUCUCCUUGUUCUUAUUCAUACCCUUCUGCCGUUGAGCAUCGGGUUCCUUCAACUAUUCUCUAAACUUUAUUCGAUCAUGUGCCAUUCUUUUUACUUCAAUCAUUGUCUUUCCUCUUCCAGCAGCUAUACUCUCUACAUACUAAUUCCAUUCCAGUCUGUAGCUCAUUGAAGUAAUUUGCUGUGAUGAGAAAAGCAACUGAUAAAACAGACUUUGCUAAGGUACAUUACAAGGAAAGUCGUUGAAGAAGACAAGAAACAAAAGAGGUCCCAAAAUUGAACCCUGUGGCACUCCUUUUGUGACAGGACGUGGACCUGAUGUGAAUUUGUCAUUUACAAGAUGACCCCGAGAACCAUUCACCUUAACAUCACUCCUUCCCUUCAGGUAAGACUUACUAAGGCUCAGCAGAUCUCUCCUCGCACCAUAAUAAGCCAGCUUUUUUUGAUCAAUAUAUAUAUAUAUAUAUAGACCAAACUAUCAAACACUCUCUUCAGGUCAAUGAAAAAGUUCAUAACCUAAAACGGAAGAGUUAACAAGAAAGAUGGUCUUUGUGUUCAAGUUAAAAGUACCUGAAUACGUUCAACUGGCGGUAGAGCUGCGAAAGAACCAGAAGAGCUAGUUGCAGAUGUGGAAGAGCUGGGUGCAGUUGUAGAAGUGCUGGCUGCAUAUGCAGAAGAGCUGGCUGCAGCAGCAGAAGAGCUGGCUACAGAUGCAGAAGAGUUGGGUGCAGCUGAGGAAUAACUGGCUGCAGCUGCAGAGCUGAGAGAGAACCAGAAGAGCUAGUUUCAGAUGCGGAAGAGCUGGCUGCAAAUGCAGAAGAGACGGAUGCACCUGCAGAAGAGCUGGCGGCUACAGCUGCAGAAGAUAUGGAUGCAGCUGCAGGGCUGCGAGAGAACCAGAGGAUCUAGUUGCAGAUGCGGAAGAGCUGGCUGCUAAUACAGAAGAGCUAUCUGCAGCUGCAGAAGAGUUGGGUGCACCCGAGGAAUAGCUGGCUGCAGCUGCAGAGCUGCUAGAGAAUCAGAAGAGGUAGAUGCAGAUGCGGAAGAGCUGGCUGCAGAUUCAGAAGAGGGCUACAGUCGAUGUGUUAGUGCAAGUGGACUGUUUUGUGGAUUUUUACAGCAUUGAUGCGUUCAAUGACAAAAAAUACAGAUUAAUCCCAGAGCUGGUUGCAGCUGUGAUAGAGUUGACUGCUGGAAGAGGCAACACUAAGAACUAAACUCAUUUAAAAAUAACACCCCCCCCCCACAGUACCCCUGUACCACCUGAUUUGUGAUAGUUAAAGAGUGCAUCACCUCCAGAGCUCCAGACAGGUAAUCCAAGUCCGCCAAAUCCACGCCAACACAUUUGAAGACUUAUGUUUGGGGAUGAAGCCGGUGAAGGUACCUGACUUGCACCCUAAUUACGCCAUUGUCAAAUUCAUCGCAUUCUACAUUUCUAUAAAAAAAAUAGAAAAUUGAAAUAAGUUUGUGUGAUUGAAAAAAUUACGAAUUUUGUAAAAAAAACUAUUAAAACCAAUAUGAGCCGGAACCUCUAGCACUGAUAAACUCCCGGGCAUUGCGAUGCACAGAUCGCAUCAUACAAGAAACAAACUAUCGUGAGAAAUGAAUGACAUUUUCAAUAAUUACCAUUAUAGAUAUAAAUCACCUUUAUAUUCAAUUCAGUUCAAAUCUCUUUAUUCAUAUAACAUACAUUGUACAUUGAAUUGUGUCACUAGUGAUAAGAGUGAACUAUCACUACGGUCGGAUGUGAAUUUUAACUAAGUUACCUUAUAAAUCAUGAAAAUUGAGGAGAAGAAGAUUUGGUGAAGAUUGCAAGAUACAUCUGGUAGGGACCAAUACUAAAAACGUUUUACCAGCAAUUAUCACAGUAUUCACUUAUGUAUAAAAUGUUAUACACUUUGUGUUGUUUAAUAUUGUAUUGACAUUUUAUUCUAACUAUCUAUUUUUCUUAUAGGUAAUGCAAAGCUACUGAACAAACAUUGAUUUGUAUGUGAUUACUUUUAUGGCAAAUAAAUGAAUUUGAAUUUUGAAAAAAUAGUCAUAGAUAGAAUUAUGAUAUUAGGUUUCUUGCUAGAAUGCAAAUUGUGUGCAAUCAAGAUUUAGUUCUAUUUUCGAAGUAAAAUACCCUUAUUGAUUUAGGGAAGUAGGAACUGGAAUAAAAUACAAAUUCAAUAUGAAAUUAGUGUAAAACCUUUGAAUAGAUCUAGAAUGCUGCCUGUGUUGCUAGAUUGCCAUGUUUAGAUUAGACCUGUAGAAAUUUGAUUUAAAUAAUAUAUUAAUAAUAUCCAAGAGGAAAGUAUCAGUGAAUGACUAUAAUGUGUAAGCAUUGAUUUUCACCCAAAGCUUGUAAAAUUUGAAAUUAUGUAAUGUAACAGGCAAAUUCUAGUCAUGGCUUUAUUACUAUAAACAAAUUUCUGAAAUAAGCUUAAAUCUAUUUUAAAAUGAAAAUUUUUCUAUUGAAAUUGGCUUUCUUGGAGAAAUAUUUAUUAAUUAUCUCAUCUUCAUUGAAGAAAGGUAUAAGUUAUUACAUAAUAUAUGUGUAAGACUCCCAAUCACUUUUAGUGUUGUUAUAUUGAACAGACCUUGAUUUUAAAGUUGAAUCAAAUUCCGUCACUGCUGCUAUGCUGCUUUUUUCUUACAUUUGUGUUAGAUUUAAGAAACAUUAAGAACUAAUUCAAUGUUUAUUGUGUAUCAUAGCCAUUGUCCAUAUCCCAUUGUGUUUGUGUGUUUGAAUAAAUAAAAUAUCAAAAACAA